AUGGGGUAUUCUGAUAUUGAGAAGCAGACAGCCACUAGGGAGAUAGACUCGGAUGGUGGAGAUCCUUCAUCCUCUAGCAAAUCGAUAGAUUUCACCGAUUCAUCUGAAUCGCGUUCCCAUUUUCAAAGGUUUAUUGAUUCCUUCAAGCCUAUAGAUUUGGAAGAGGAUGGAAUAGAUGUAUCCAAUUUGACGCCAAUGGAGAAAUCUAUUCUAGCAUCGGCAAAACAUCCCUUAGCUAGGCGUUUAAAGUCUCGCCAUCUACAAAUGAUUGCCAUUGGUGGUAGUAUAGGUACUGGUUUAUUUGUUGGUAGUGGUUAUGCUUUGGCUAAUGGUGGUCCUGCUGCUGUACUCAUAGGAUAUGUCAUUGUUGGAUAUGCUCUCUUGACAGUUGUUAACGCUCUUGGUGAAUUAUCGGUGCAAUUUCCUGUUAGUGGAUCGUUUAAUGCAUUCUUUACUAGAUUUGUUGAUCCAUCAUGGGGGUUUUGUUUAGCCUUGAUGUAUUAUGUCAGUUGGGCAAUAUCAUACCCAUCAGAAAUUAUUGCGGCAGCAAUGACGAUUCAGUUCUGGAAUACAUCAAUCAGUCCAGCAGCUUGGGUGGCAAUUAUAUGGGUGGUCAUAUCUUCAAUCAAUUUAUUUGGUGUUAAGGGAUACGGUGAAGUUGAAUUUGUUUUGUCUAUCAUCAAAGUGUUGGCAGUUAUUGGUUUCUUAAUUUUGGGAAUUUGCAUCACUUGUGGUGUUGGUGAUCAAGGAUACAUUGGUGGGAGGUAUUGGUAUAACCCUGGUGCUUUCAACCACGGUUUCAAAGGAGUUUGUUCAGUUUUCAUUAGUGCUGCAUUUUCGUUUGGUGGUAUUGAAUUGGUUGCAUUGGCUGCCGCAGAGACGGAAAAUCCACGAAAGGCACUUCCCAAAGCCACCAAACAGGUGUUUUGGAGAGUGACUAUUUUCUACUUACUCACAUCAAUUGUGAUUGGCUGCUUGGUACCUUACACAAAUACGGAUUUAUUAGAUGGAGAGGGUAUUGCUGCGUCACCUUUUGUUAUUGCCAUAAACCAAGGAGGUAUCAAAGUUGUUCCGCAUAUAAUGAAUGCAGUUAUUAUUGUUGCUGUGAUAUCUGUGGGAAACUCUUCAGUGUAUGGUGCUUCACGUACAAUGGCCUCUUUAUCCGCACAAGGACUAAUUCCGGAAGUGUUUGGAUAUAUAGACAGGCAAGGAAGGCCAUUAGUUGCCAUUGCCAUUACCACCCUCAUUGGUCUCUUAGGAUUCCUCGUUGUAAAUGAAAACGAAGGUGCUGUCUUCACGUGGUUCUUUUCUGUUUGCUCCUUAGCAUCGUUCUUUAUCUGGGGAUUCAUCAACUUAACUCAUUUGAGAUGGAGAUGGGCAUUGUAUGCACAAGGUAGGUCUAAAGAUGAAAUUAUAUUUAGAUCUCCCUUGGGCACAUUUGGGUCUUGGACUGGUAUGGCAUUGUUGAUUUUCAUCAUUGCUGUGUUGAUUUGGGUUAGCAUUUUUCCCAUAGGUGAGACUGGAGCUGAUGUAGUUACAUUUUGGCAAAAUUGUUUAUCACUACCCCUCAUCGUUGUCAUAUUUGUGGCUCAUAAAACAUAUCACAGGACAUGGAACCACUUGUGGGUGAAACUAGACCAAAUUGAUUUGGAUACUGGUAGACGUGAGAUUGAUGUUGAGGUUUUGAAGCAGGAAAUCGCUGACGAAGAGGAAGCUUUGGCUGAGAAACCCUUUUGGUAUAAAGUGUAUAGAUUCUUUUGUUAA